GUUCGAAAUUAAAUGAUUGAAACAAAAUGAAAAUAAUUGUGUAAAUAAUAUCAUGUGUUUGUCGCAGUAUUGCAGCAAGCAAAGCACCAUGUGGGAUCGCGAGAACACAAUACGAUUAAUUGAAUUGUACGAGAAUCAUUCCGUUUUAUGGGAUGCCUCAUCAAGAGACUAUAAAAAUAAGCAUAAAAAGCAAAAUGCUUAUUGCGAAAUGGCUGAAGAACUAGGAAAAAGUGAUGAUGAAAUCAAAACAAAAAUUCACAAUUUGCGCACUCAAUUCUUGCAAGAGGUGCGCAGGGUGAAAAAAAAGAAGAGUGGCCAGGGUACAUCGGACAACUAUACCAGCAAAUGGGAGUUUUUCGAUGCGCUCAAAUUUAUAAAAAACGAAGACGAAAAAAAUUAUAAAAUGGAAAAUUUGGAUCUAAGUGACAGCACCGUUAACACAAUCUUAGGAGAGACACCACGUUCGGCUAAUAUUUCGAUAUCAGAUGACGUACCAAGUACAUCCAAAGGCAAAAAAAGAAAGCGUGACGAGCUCGAAUUAAAGGAGGAAGAUCUGCUGCUUAGAAAGGCCAGCGCUUUACUUGAUAAGGCAGAUGAACAUCAAGUAUUCGGCGAUUUCGUUGCAUCUGAGCUCAGAAUGUUGAAAUCACAGCAAAGUAGAGUUCAGCUUCGCAGAAAAAUUCAAAAAGCUAUUUUGGAAGUAUCGGAAACUGAUAGCGAAGACACUUUUUCUCCUUCCACACCUAAUUUCGUGUACUCGUCUACCGAUUCUCCAGUUUUUGCGUUUUCAGAUGGCAUUCAUAUGCAAUUGAGCAUCACUUGCAAGCACUGCAAACAAAAAAUAAAAACACGAGUAGACAUUGACGCAAUAUAUUGCACGAAAUAGACAUGCAAAAGUUUGCAAAACAAAAAUUUAUUGAAGCAAGAAAUUUUCUUGCAAUAUUUGCAUAAGUAUAAACAUUUGUGCAAACUUUUGCUGCAAAUUGUUUGCAUCGUGUGUACCUAGCUUUAAAGAAUGAAGAAGUAAACCUUUUCUGGUUCAUUAUAGUAAACAUUGAGACAGGGAUGCCAUAGAAAUGACAGAGAUCUUUAAAUCAAAUAAUUGGUCCAAAAGUAUGCCUAAAAUCGAAGUUGGAAAGUAUGCUUUAUUGAGAUGCACAAUUGCAAUUUACUUAAAAGUUAUUUUCAAACGUUUCUGUUUUUAUUGAGAAGGAUCGUAAUUUUAAUAUUUUUGA